UAAAAAUUGUCAAAUCUGAAUAUAAUGUUUUGUACUAUUAACUUAAGCAUGUGAAUGAACAAUAAUAAUUAAUCAGUCAUAUAAUUUUGCUCCUUUAUAAAUAGUCCCCAAGCUUAUCUGCUCUAUAUAAUUAUCUCUUCAAUAUCUCCACAAGUCACAAUUAUAGAAAGAAGGUAAAAAAAAAACAAUGGAAGCAGAACAAGUUUUCCCAAUGAAUAGUGGUGUGGGCAAAGCUAGCUAUGCAAAUAACUCAUCACUUCAAAAAAAUGUGAUAUCCAAAGUAAAAGGCAUAAUAGAAGAGAAAGCCUUGGAGAUUUAUUGUAAGCAUAUCCCAGAUUGUAUGAGAAUAGCUGAAUUGGGCUGCUCUUCAGGCCCAACUGCACUCACUGCUGCUUCUUACACUUUGGAUGUUAUUAUGUCUUAUUAUAGCUCCAACCAAAUGAAAGAGAAUAUUAAGAAGCCAUUGAUGACAUUCCAAGUGUUCCUUAAUGAUCUUCCUAGAAAUGAUUUCAACAAUAUUUUUCAACAAUCUCUUCCAAGCUUGUAUGAGAGGUUGAAUGAGAAGUUUGAUGAUCAUCCUUUAUGCUUUGUCAUGGCCAUGCCUGGGAGUUUCUAUCAAAGGCUUUUCCCUAAUAAUUCCAUGCACUUAAUUCAUUCUUCUUAUAGUUUGCAAUGGUUGUCUAAGGUUCCGAAUGGAUUGGUUAGCGAAACAGGUGAAGCUUACAACAAAGGAAAUAUUUAUAUCACAAAGACAAGUUCUGAUAUGGUUCUGAAAGCCCACUUGACUCAAUUUCAAGAGGAUUUCACAACCUUUUUGAAGUGUCGUUCUGAGGAAAUGGUGAUUGGUGGUUGUAUGGUACUUACAAUCUUGGGAAGUAUUCUAAAUAAUAAUCCUAAACAUAUUUUAGAGAUUGUGGGAAGAGCCUUGAAUGACAUGGUUUCUGAGGGAAUAAUUGAAGAGAAAAGUGUGGACAACUUCAACGUACCAAUGUAUAGUCCAACUGCCAAGGAAGUAAGAGAGGUGAUUGAAGAAGAAGGAUCUUUCUGGUUAGAGAAGCUUGAAGUUUACGAAAUUGCAUGGGAUGAUGAUACAAACAAUAUCAAUAAUAAUAUUGAUGAUGAUGAUGACAUUAUUGAUCAUAAAUUACUCAACAGAGGAAAAUUUGUUUGUGGUUACAAGAGAGCAGUUAUGGAGCCUAUUCUGUCCAAACAAUUUGGAAAAAGUGUCAUGGAUGAUUUGUUUCAUCGGUUUACACAAAAGGUCAUCGAAUCUCUUGCUAAUGAAAAUUGGAACCAUGUAAACUUGGUUGUUUCUUUGACUAAGAAAUAACCAAAUUCAAGUUUAAACAUCCAAUGUUUGAUCGAAGUUGGGAAAACAUAUAUGUAUUAUAUGUUUCUUUAUUUUCUUUCAUUAUGGAUGAAUGUAUACCUUUCUUUAUAUAUGCAGUUGGACUUUAAUUGUUUGGUA